AUGCCGGUGAAAUCCAAUAACUCAUCAUCGUUAGAGCCGAACAGCAAUACAACAGCAGCCACCACACCCUCGCCCACCAUUUCCACCGGCAACAAGGCCAUGUUGGGUGAAAAAGCCGAAACUCCACCCAAACCUAAAUAUUUACAACCCAAAUCGGAAUAUCCCAUGCCAUCACGUCACUUCACCCUGAAGAGGCAAAAACGUGUUUCAGAAAAUCGUUCCAUUCCCAUGAAAAAACGUUCCACCUCAAUGCGUAAAUCACGUUCCUUGGACACCGAUCGAGCCUAUUCCCUGUCCAGCAUACAAUCGCCGUUAUGGGUUACCCUCACCAAUGCCCGCACCAUUGAAGAGCUAUCAAGGGAGCAAAUUUAAAAAAUACAAAAAAAAAAUAAAAAUUAUUUUCAAAAUUUAUGUUAUUGUUAUUCUAUUUUGUGUCAAAAUCUGUUUCAAAAUAUUGUGUGUUAGUUCUUUAAGGGAUUGAAAAUCUAAAAAAAUACCUAAAUUAUUUAAUUUUACUAUAACGGAAUUCUUGUAUGUAUGUUUAU